UUUUUUUGAUAAGAUGAAUAUGAAUUAUUGAAAUGUGAGAAGCGCUAUUUAUAACGCACAUACAUCUAUUCUUAUACCCACUACUAACCACUCUGCCCUGUCCCUUCCAUUUUCCAGAUCUGCUUCUCCAACGAAAGGGACUAAAUUUUACUUUUCAGAAAGUAGUUGAAAGACAUGGGUCGUGGAAAUAGCAGUGGUGGUGGUCAAAGUUCAUUGGGUUACCUUUUUGGUAGUGGAGAGGCCCCAAAACCAGCAGCAGCAGCAGCAACAACUAAUGCCCAACCUGAAGUCCAGCCUGUAAAUGAUGCACCCCCUUCAAAACCAGCAGCUGCUCCUAGAACAAUAGACCCAAGCAAGCCUGCUGGUAUCAAUAGUAAUUCUAUUGAUGGCCUGAACACCGGCAACUUCAUCACGGACCGACCCUCAACCAAGGUUCAUGCUGCACCUGGUGGAGGCUCUUCUUUGGAUUAUCUCUUCGGUGGACCUGGUAAUGGAAAAUGAUACCUCGUUUGGGAAGCUUUCACUUGAGAAUGAUCUCUGUUAAAAAUUUAAAAUUCAAGUUGUGUGAACAAAAUGGGUGAUGUAUUAUAGUUUAUGGUUGUUGGGAUAAGUUGAUCAAAAAUAUUAUAUUUUAGAUGUGCUUAACAUCGAUUAAAAAGCUGUGUUUGUCAAACAAGUUUCUAUUAUCAAUUGCAUAUUUGCUUUAAGUUCUGUAUUA